AUGCCUCGCAAAUAUGUGAGGAAAACCGAAUCAAAUUAUUCAAUCGAUGAUAUAAAUUGUGCUUUAUCCGAAGUCAAGGACAAACAACUCACAGCUGUUGAUGCUGCUCGUCAAUAUAAUAUUCCUAUUGGUACUCUGUACAGUCGGCUGUCAGGGCUACGUGGGAGCAGUGCUCGUGGUCAUCCUUCAAUACUAUCUACCGAAGAAGAAAAACUUUUAGUACAUGUUAUUGAGUUGUUUCAAGAAUGGCAACAGCCACUUACUCGAAAAUGUGUUAUUAAUAUGGCUCGAACAUACAUGAUUGAACUUGGAAAAAAUAUAUCAUCUGAUUCUCGUCUAAGUGAAUGGUUGUACUCAUUCAUGUCACGAUGGCGUGACAGAUUGAAAAUUAUGACUUCUAUGAAACUGGAACGUAUUCGAUCUCAAUCAUGUACUCGGGAAGUGAUAACUAAAUGGUUUGAUCGCCUUCGUUCUGUUCUGACCGAGCUUAACUUGUCUGAUAAACCUGCCUCCAUCUGGAACGUAGAUGAAAGUGGUUUCUUUGACGACCCAGGUCGUCGUCAAGUGAUUGUCAAAAGAUCAACACGUUAUGCAAUAGCAUCACAAAGUGGUACUGGAAAAGCAAUGACGACCGUAAUACUUUGUACAUCAGCGGCAGGCAGAUUUUUGCCUCCUUACGUCAUUUAUAAAGCUUCAAAACUUUAUGACAGUUGGUGCCCGAAACAAGGGUAUCCUGGUGCACGUUAUAAUGUAAGUUCAACUGGAUGGACUGAUUGUGUUAUAUUCAAUGAUUGGUUCAUUCAUCAUUUCAUUCCAAAUGUAAAAAAUGAAAAAAGACCUAUUCUUCUGAUAAUGGAUGGCUAUAAAUCUCAUAUUUCGACAAGCAUUAUUAAAUUAGCUAUGGAUCAUAACAUACAUAUAGAAUGCUUGCCACCUCAUUCAACCACACUAUUGCAACCACUUGACGUUGUUACAUUGUCAAAAGUUAAAACAGCAUGGAGACAACUAUUAAAGACGUACAAUCAAAAAACAAAUUCAAAACCUAUUGAUAAAGCUCAAUUUGCUCUAUUAAUUGGUGAAUUAUUCAAAAACCACAUAUUACCAAGUCACUGCAUUGCUGGUUUUCUUAGAUCCGGCAUAUAUCCAUAUGAUCGUCGAGUUAUCUCGAAAGAAAAAUUAUUACAACCAACAACAACAACAAACUCAUCUUAUCAACCACCUCAUCUUGCGAAUUCUACUGAUAAACCAAAUUUACAAUUUAAUGAUUUACCAACUAAUAGUUGUCAUUCAACGACUAGACCAUCUUCAUGUCCAAAUAUUGUACUAUAUGAUCAGAAUUUCCUUACUGAAAAUUUGUCAACAGUUACAUCGAGCUCAAACUACUAUUUAACACCUCCACCACGAACAUUUUUUAACACCAGCUCAUUAAUAGGUUCUUCUGAAUUACGUCAUGAUGGUCAUUCUUCAUCAUUACCAAAUAACAAUGAAAAAGUGGCAAAUCAAUCAGUACUUCAUGCUAUCACGGCAGCGAUUGACAAGCAUAUGUCUCCAAUGGUGACAGCCAAUAAUAAACGUAAACGUAUCGUAGAGCGUCCUUAUGGUGAAAGUUUGACAAGCGUUGAAGCUUUUCUUAAAGUCCAAGAGAAAGAAAAUAAACGAAAAAAAGUAAAGUCAACUUCGAAAAAAUCUACUCUUAAAUCUAUGACGACAACAAGCAACAUCUUAAAACAGUCUACAAACAAAAAAAAUCGAAAUAAAAAAAAUACAAUUAUUGGCAUCGACGAGGAAGACUCCUUCAGUUCUAAUAUGAAUCAAGAUUUUACUCAAAAUGAAAUGGCAAAGGUUGCACCUGUUUCUACAGCACAACAACCAUAUAUUUCUCACACAGUUUUCCAAUCACCAUUUUACCAUUCGUCAAUGUCGAAUCCAACCUCUUUACAACCUCAAACUGAUGUUCAUUCAUCAUAUACGAUGGCUCCACUUAAUCAAUCACCAACAGAAACUACAUCUUUUCAACCUUGGAUAUACUGGCAAUAUCCUACUACAAAUAAUUUUUCUUUACCUAUUCAAAAUUUUAGUAAUCUUUGA